CCUCGCAAUUUUUUUGAGCAGCUCCAGUCGCUGCGUUGCAGUCGCGAGUAGCUCAUUCGAAGACAUUGAUGGUGCGCUGCAGCGAGCCGGGCUCGAUUUUGACGCCUAAGGGUAGCUAGCCACAAUGAUCGGCUGGUCAAUCCUGCUUGCUGCGGCCCUGGCCGCGGCGUCUGAUACGGACGACGCCUGCGCGGUGGAACAGCGGCGCGGCGCAGCAGCCAUCCGAGCGGUGCGCCACGGCCGCGUCGCGGACCGCGCGGAAGCGCGGGUCGGCUCGAAAGUGGUAACAGCGUACAAGAAGCGGCGCCCGCCGAUCGGACGGGACGGCGAAUUGCUGUGCCACGCCUUGUAUGACCUCGAGGUCAAGGUCUGCGGCGGCGCCUCCACCUCAAUCAAGGCCCACGCGCCGGAGCGACAGUGCCCGCGCGAAGGCCAGCGAGGUAGAAGAAGGGGCGCGAACGGGCCCGAGAAUCCCAGAGUACUCCCCACAACUCAUGUCGACGGCUUCGUCGUCCUCUACACCGACUGGUCCGAAAGGAACGGGACUUAUGAAAGAUCAAAAUUCAUCGCGCACGGGACCAUCAACGGGGACGGGCCCUCCCUUAGUACACCUUCCAUCGUGGAUGCGCCCUACGGCGACUGGGCGCCCUUUUUGUAUGACGAUGUUUUAUAUGCGCACACUUACCUAGAUUACCUCGGCGACGCGGUGACGUCGAGACUUGGCGACCUCCACUCAUACAACUGCCCCGGCGCUGGGAAAGCCCUGCGCAAGGCCUUGGGCGGAGCCACGCCUUUAUUUGACUCCGUGCGCAUCGAACCGGGCUCGAACGCUAUAUUAGUAAACAACGAGUACGUCGCAAUCGGCAAAACCGUCAGGCAUUUAGGCCACGAGGUGCAGCUCAAAGCGCUGUUCGCCUACGCCUUCUCUCCAAAGCCGCCCUUCUGUAUCACAAAAACGUCGCCGGAGUUCCACGCGCCCGUGCCGCAUGCAUCUUCCUCAGAAGCCUUCGACGCGUUGAUUCCAAGAAGGAGCGACCCGGGGAAGCAUCGCGAGGGCGUGCAGACGCCCUUUUCGUUGAUAGUGGUGGACGACGGGCUGCGGCUGGCCUUCACGCGCAAGCACUCGGCCUACUCUUUAGUCCUGAACACGUCGACGCUAUUCAAGGAUUCACGCCGUUUGAAGUACGGUGGCAAGUCUACAAUCGCCCAAUACCUCAAGGCGGUCUACCCAGCUAUGAUUGAACAAGAUAAUACAAAACUCGUAAACCUCUACGAGUCGCUCGACUACUUUUAUCGAGGCCCGGCGUUACCUUAUAUACCAAAAGGCGUCUACUACUCGGCGAACGACGCCACCACGGAUAUCGUACCUACACAAAAAGCGAUUGAACGUGCUCAACAAGGCGAGGAGCACGGCGUGUUAUAUGGAUCAUAUAUCCGGUGGAAGGCCAUGUUAAGGCGCGUCUCACAAAAGGAGGAGGACCUCAAGUCUUCAUGGGGAGCUCGAUUGGGCCCGGCGCCGUCGUGGACCCACGCUAGUGCCGCGGUGAAGUACCCCUUGUAUCCGCUCGGGUUAUCUACAACACAAGGUGCCGUGCUAGGUAGGCCGGACAACCCUCUUGAUGGAAGGUGGGACGUCCCUACGAGAAGGAAGAAAUUCACACACCUCAAAACGGGAGAAUACGUCGAGAUAGAGCAGUACGGAGGCCCGGACUGGGUCCUCAGUGAAUUCCCGAUCACCUCGCGGGGCAUCGCCGGCCUCUUCUGCAACGUCUGGAAGGGCACCGGUCUAGGCCUUAAAGUGGUCGCUCCUUUUGUUUCCCGGAGCAAGGGUGCGGCGGUCGCCGAUCUGUUGAGGGAGGUGGGCCGGCGGCAGGAUUUAACUGGUGGCGAGGACUACGUGAGUGCGCUGGCUGCCUUGUCUGGUGUUGGUUCUCCAGACAUAGAAAGGAGGCGCCUCGACGACCAACGGACGUUGGGCGUCGGCCAUUGGGUGAAGAGCCUCUUUAAGCAGCAGAAGACACCGCGGUCGCACGAAGACAGAGCCGUGCACCUCGCCGUCGGUUUUUUAGCACUCCCAAUACCCUGCGCGACGAGCUGGGACGCGAUCGAUGCGAGGUGGCGCCGCUGGCGCGAGUCCGCCGUCGAUGCCACGGAAGCGGCGUUCGCGCCGCCCUCUGGCCGAUGGCGCGCGAAGCGGCCCGUCUCGGAACUCUUCGACGAGCUAGCCUUAAGAAAGGAGGCGCCUGGCAACGCGUCUCUAGCUGCUUUACACUGGAUCUACGGGCUCUGCUCCAAAAGCCCAUACUAUUCCGGGCCGGCCAAUAAAAGGUGCGCGGCGGAAAGACGUAGAGGUAAUGACGGAGAAGCUUGUAAGAGACGCUGGCUCGCCUGGGACAACCUGCUCAUGGUUUUGAGUUGCGCGAUCGGCUCGAAAACACUUAUUCUGGAUGCGUCGCCCAACGACAACGGAUUGUUCCACGAGGAGCUCAUCGAUUAUGAUGUUCCUGGCGCGUGGGCGACGAUCGACGACGGGAAGUCGCUGAAUCCUCUCUCCGAAUGUCUGGCGCCUUUUGAUGACGGUCGGGCGGCGCCGUCGCGUCAAGAUGUAUUAGAGCACUGGCGCGCUACUCACAAGUUCGGGCGCGUCGACCCUUUGAAGGGUACGGCGGCACCUUGUGACUUGAUAGGAAGCGACGGCACUCAGUUAGGAGAGCACAACGGCGGGGGCUACCUCGCGUGCAAGGACUCGCUCUCGGAGUCCCACGCGUUGUGUGUGCGGGACCGGGAGCGCACGAAACGAGCUGCUGGUUCAAGGCGGGCGCCCGGUUGUGGUUAAGUAUUACUGUUACACAC